AUGUCUACAAUAACCGAUAUUAGUAAUACUAAUUUUACUGAUAUAACCGGUAGAGCAACAGAAAGACUUAUACAAAAUAUCCCAACAUUAAUUAAUCAAAGAAAAAGUCCUAUGACUUUACAACGACAAGAAAUCAAGGAACGUUUAGAUGCUGGAUCACAUCAGAAAACAAUUAUUGAUUUAGAUGAAAUCAUCGAAAAAUGGAUAUGGAAAAUGUGGGAAUUAUCAAAACGUAAUCGUGAAGAUUCAAAAUAUCGUCGUGAAGAACUUGAUGUUAAAAUUAAUUGGAAACGUGCAAAUUUUUGGCAAUCCGAAGCUGUUUUUGCUCAUCCAAAUCAAAAGCAUUUACCUAAGUCACAGAUAUUAUUUAAAACACAUUUUUCAAAUAAUACUGAUUGUGAACAAGAAUAUUCAUUACGUGCUGAACGUUCAACUGUAACAACAUUAAGUUUUACAUUUACACGUGGUUUUACAAAAGAAAAAGAAGGUUCAGUUAAAUUUAAAUUACCAAAUGAAGUUUUAGAAGUUGGUGGUGGUCUUCGACAUGAACAACGUGUUGAUUAUGGAAAAGAUUCAACAUUUGAAACACUUAUGCUCUGGUCAGCUAAUUCAGCUAUUCGUGUUUCACCACAUUCAAAAGCAAAUGCUGAGUUAUGUAUAACUGAAGAAGAAUAUUCAGCUGAUUUUUCUAUUGAAGUACGUUUUAGUGGUCGAAUAUCUGCAAUGAUUAGUACAAGAAAUAAUACAGGUGGUUAUUAUAAAUAUAUGGAAGGUGAUUUAGCAACAAUAUUUUCUGAUGCAUUACGUUCGGGAAAUUCUGGUAUAAGUUCUGGUCAAUUUGAAGUUCAUGAACAAACACAAACAGUUCGAACAGUUAUGUUAGGAAAAUGUGCAUUUCGAUAUGGUAUUGAACAAUAUGUUAAUGUUGAACAAGAAAAAUUAACAGAUUUAUCAUCAUCAAUAACUAAUGAACCACCACCGAAAUAUCGUCCAGUAUUUUCAUCUCAUAAUAUUCAUUGA